UUUAUGUCUGAACUAGGAGAGAAUUUACUACCAAAUUCAACAAUUAAAACCUAGUUUCAACAAUAAUCAGAGGUAUUUAAAAAUUUAUUGUGAAGCAAAUGACAUAAUUAAUUGAAUAAUUAAAAGUAAUUAAUGAUAACUUGCAAACAGCUCAAAUAUCUGAUUAGUAAUGAGAAUAUUAAAAUAAUCUAGAUAAAAUUCAAAGAUAUUAUUAGCAAAGCAAACUUUUAAAACUAAAGCUGAUGUUAUUAAGUAAAUAGCCUUAUCUUUAGAGAAAAGUGCACAAGGGAAUGAAAAAAAAAAUGUCUUAAAUAAAUUAAAGGCAGCUUAUUUAAAAGAGAUUGAAAGAUAAAAAAGAAUUUUGAAAAGCAUCAUUAAUUCAACAUUUGAAAAGAGAUUCUCUCGAAUAUCAAUAAUAAGAUAAUCUAAAGCUUAUGGUUAAGAAACUUAAACUGAGUAAUUAGAAUAUUUUGUUGAUUAAAAUUACGUGAGAAUUGUUUCUAAAAAUGAUAGAAAUUCGGAGAAAAAAGAAUAAAAAAAUUAUUCUUAAGUAAAUCUUGGAGAUGGUUAAUAAAUUAAAACGAUUUCUAUUGAUUAAGAUUUUAUAGAGGCAGAUAUGAUAGAUUUAGAAAAUAUUUUGAUAGAUGAGAGAUAAAAAGAAAUUGAUUAAAUUGAAAGAGAAGCAUACUUUUUAAAUUUAAUAACAAAUUAGAUGGGAAGCACUCUUGAUUAAUAAAAUUUAUAAUUAGAUUUUGCACAAUAAAAUUAGAGCACUGUCAAGUCUAAUAUAAAAGUAACUACUAAAGAAUUAGUUCUAGCUGAUAUAUAAUAGAAACGAUUAUUCAAUAAAAAGUAUUAUAUAGUAAUAGGUAUUUUGAUUAUAGCAAUCAUUGUUUUGAUAAUUUUACUUUUAGUAAUCAAAUGA